AAAUAUUCAGGAUUAGAUUUACAAUCGAUACCUUGGAAAACGCACCGUUCUCUCUCUUUCUCUCUUUCGUAACCAAUUUUCUUUGUUAAACAAUGUCUUGGCUCUUCAAAUCUCGCGGCGAUGAUGAUGAUGAUGAUCCCAAACCUACCUCUCCGACCACCACUCAUGGCGGUGUCAAAGAGGAUCUAUCUUCCAUACUCCGCGGCGUUGCAGCUUUCCUCGCACCGCCUCCUUGUGCUCCUUCAGUAGACGAAAGCCGCCUUUUAUCUGAUUCACCAACUCAGCUCGCACUUGUCGGGAUCCGCAACGAUCUGGCUGAGAUUCGUGGAAAUUUCACCAAUUUCGCAUCUAAUUUGCUCCUUUUUCCCAGUAAAAGAGAAACUAGUAGUAGUAGUAAACAAUCUGUGUUUGAGGUUGAGGGUUUGGAUCAAGUUCCUGGGAUUUCUGAAGAAGUUGUCGAUUUUGCUACUAAAAUCGCCACCAGACCUGGUUGCUGGACAGAUUUCCCUUUGUCACUCAACACUGAAUUCGAAUUGUCUGAGGCUCAGAGGGCACAUGCAUCAGCCAUUGAACAUCUGGUUCCUGGCCUUGUAGCUGUGAAGAAUGAAGUUAGCAGUUACAUGGAUGAUGAACACUUCUGGCUGAUUUAUUUUAUUUUGCUGAUGCCGAGACUGAAUGGACAUGAUUUUGAACUCUUAGCAACCUGCAAGGUAUUUGAAACAAGGGAUCAACUUUUACUAAAGCUGCAAAAGAAAGAGGCAGGGUCAAGCAAGAGGUCUGUUGGUCAGGAAACUCCUGUAGAAGGUAGCAGUAGGGCAACAGAAACCGUGGAGGGAGUCAUGGACAAGAUAGAGACUCUGAAAAUUGAACAGAGAGAGAUAAGUGAUGAAUCAUCUGAAGAAAGAGGGAGGAGUUUCAGAGAUGAAGAGGUAAUCUCUUUCAGUGAUCUAGAUGUAGACGAGCCAUGUUCCAACAGGAGUAAACUGAAAAGACCAGCAUCAAACGCAAGCGGUUCAAGCUGGGUUCAGCUCAGCAGGAGUCAAGUUGGAAACAGCAAGGAUUCCGAAGGUGAUUCCAGUGACUGGCUUCCGAUCGGCGAUUCUGAUUAAUGUUGAAGGUAGAAAUUGGAUAUUACUGUAAAGUUACGACUAUUGAACGUAAACGUAGCACAUUUUAGUAAUAACCUUCGGAAUCCUUGCUGUAAAGUUACGACUAUUGAACGUAAACGUAGCACAUUUUAGUAAUAACCUUCGGAAUCCUUGCUGUAAAGUUACGACUAUUGAACGUAAACGUAGCACAUUUUAGUAAUGAAUUAAUUGGCUA